CUAAUAGAGCUCUUAGAGUCCCCACUAAAUGACCUACUAGUAUAAUAAUAUGAACCGUCAACGUUCCCGACUAGUGCGUGGACUUCGAGGACUUCGAGGAUUUCGAGGACUCGGAAUUAAACAAAGUCCCAGUAUGAAAAAUACUACUCCGAAUCCAUUUGCAGAGUAUGAGGAAUCCCAAUUCAGUCAAGAAACUAUCCCAUUAGUCCAACGACUCCGGAAAUCAUAUGACAUAUUACUUCACGAGCAAAUGUUUAAGGUGGCGAGUGUUCUUUCAAAGUAUUACGCUAGUCAAGAAUCAUUAUUCAUCAAAGAUUUAGUGGACUUCCCAUCCAACGAUAAGUCAUUUAAAUAUUUUGGAGCCAUUUAUCAGAAAUCCCGAAGCUUUCGGGUGAUUAUUAUGAAUGAUUUGAUAGAACUCAUACGGCGAGGUGAGUACUACCAUGUGUCGCGAUUUCUUCAUACAUUAAUACGAAUGCAGUUAGCCAAUAGGGAAUUAAUUCGAGAGUUAGUAGUUAAAAAGUCUCAUGAGAAUAUGGGGCCUGAGCAAUUACUUAAACUUUUAGCUCAAUGUAUAAUACUUCAGACUCAGAGUGUAGGGGAUUAUAUAUAUGCAGCAAGAGUUGUUUUGUUAUUCCAGGAAGAAAUGAAUCUAGGAAUUUCACCAUUCAUUAAAGAUCCCAUAUUACGAGGUUUAGCAACAUGUACUGAUCAUACCAGUAUUUAUGCAAGUUUUGCUCUCCUUAAGAUAAUUCAAACUAUGGAUUUUCUUGAUGUUCUGUCGUCCACUGUAUUUCAGAUCUUAGAAUUCUUUGUCAACAAUAAAACCAUCUAUUUUUCUAACAAAUUCUUAGAGAUGAUAAUAGAAAGAGGAAGUUUACAACGUUUACAUUAUCAUAAUCCUCAACAAUAUAGUACGGUGAUGAUGGAAUUGAUUAAUCAGAACUUACAUGAUGGCAUUUAUGAUGUAGCAUUCAAAUGGUGGAUGGAGCUUACAAAAGUUAUUAGUAAUACUGAUCAUAAUAUAGAGACAACAUAUAUUAAACUAUUAAAAUAUCUGCCUAAUCCUCAGACAACAAAACAAUUAAUUAAAUCAACGGAGAAUCUUAAUAUAAAGUCCACUGAUGUUACAGAUAUGUUAAUUGAGAAAUUAGGUACGGACUCAAAGACUUUUAAUGAGCCUAUUUAUCAAAAAUUAUUUCGUACUCUUACUCCUCCUAUGCGGAGACUGACAAUGUCACUGUUGUUGAAGACAUUUUUAUAUCAGAACAAUGAACUGGCAACCCACAAAAUCCUUCAACUCAUCUUUAAAUCGAAGAAUGGAAUUGAACCUAUUGAUCUUAAAUCAUAUGUUGAUAGAUUACUUCAAGAAGGUGAGUUAGAUAAAUGUAUACAAAUGGUUGAAGCCAGUUCAAUUUCAGUAUCUCGAUUGGCAUACGUCAGUGUCAUUCGGUAUAUGUUUGAGAAUGAGGAAGAUCUUGAAAUAAGACGAUCAUUUCUUGAAGAAUAUAGUAGAAGAGCUUUAAAACUUAGAAAGUCCGAUGAAUCAUUGGCUCAACUUGGUUGUGAAAUCAUUCGAUAUUAUUGUAAUCGGUACAGUAAUCGAGCAGCUAAAAAGUUAUAUACCACUAUGAAUGCUUAUACUUCCAAACCUAUUAUUGAUCUUAACGAUCAUCUAUACGAUAAAUUAAGCUUUGCCAAAUUCAAAAUACCUAAUCAAUUUAAAGACAUACUCACUAUGACUCAACUGAGUCGUAGAGAUUCCCUUGAUAUCAUAGUGAGUAAGGCUAUCAAAGAACAGGAUGAAACUACGGUAAUAUGGGCUAUAGAUGAAAUGAGAUAUAUUGGAUUGGAUGUCAGAGACAUUCUAAAUCAUUUACACAAGAGGGAUAAUUCAGGAUAUAUCAUGAGUAUUCUCAAACCUGAGAUUAGAAAUCAGUUGUAACAUAUCAUUUAUUUGCAUGUAUAUAGUAAAAAGUAUGUAUAAUAGAAGUAG